AUGGAGGUUAGGUUAAAGCAACGCGCAGUUAUCGAGUUCCUCGUCGCAGAAGGAUGCGAACCUAAAGAGAUUCAUGCUCGUUUAAAAAAUGUUUACGGUGACGAAACGAUUGAUAUUAGCAAUGUUCGAAGAUGGGUUGUGAAUGCGAAAAAAGUUAAUAGUGGUUCGCUUAAAAUUUCUGAUUUAUCGAGGUCUGGUCGUCCGAAAACUGCGGUGACAGAUGGCAAUGUCCAAAAGAUUGACGACUUGGUUCAUGAAAACCGAAGGAUUACGCAGCAUAAAAUUGCUCGUAUCGUGGGUAUUUCUAAAGAAAGAGUGAAUCAUAUUAUCAGUAAUGAGCUCAAGUGA